AUGAAUCCUAAUAAUACGACAGAUGACACAUAAUCCUCUCUUUUGGAUAAAAAAUCCAAAAAGUCACAAGUUUUCCAAAAGAUAUUCUUCUUUACCUUGGGGGUGUCAUCGUUGUCAGGUUGGAAUGCCAUCUUGACUGGGUUAUCGUAUUUUGCUGAUUAAUAUGAUGGGCGUAAUGUCUAUUUCAUAUUGCCAAUCCCAAACUUCAUAAGUUUGUGCCUGAUUGGAUUAUUCUUGCCUAGGAUCAGUUCUAUGCUCUCGAUGUUUUUCAGGAUUGUGUGGUCAUUAAUAAUUUUGUGCAUUCUUUUGAUUCUUUUACCAAUAAUAGCAUUGUUAAUACAUAGUGCUCUAGGAUUUUGGUUAUGUUUAACAACAAUUUUCAUGAUGGGAAUAUUUUCAUCACUUUAAUAGAAUAGUUCUAUUGGGAUGUCUGGGAUUCUUGGUCCAGAGUAUGUCAACGUCUUCUUUAUUGGUACAGGUGCCUCUGGAACCAUUAUCACCAUUUUCAGAUUAAUAUCUUUGGCUGUAAUCGAAAGCGAAAAAUCAAUAUUUUUAUAUAUUGGAAUUGCAGUGCUUUGGAAUAUAGGUGCAAUUUUGAUGUAUUUUGCAUUUACAAAGACUCCAUAAUAUAGAAAGAUUAUUUCAGCUCACAAAAAGGGCAGGAAGUCGGUUUUAGUUCACGAUCAAAUUGUUACCAAGGAGGAACCUGAUAAUUUAGUAUAAAAUGAUAGUGUAAUUUCUGACAUCAUCGAUCCUGACACUUUUAAUUAAAAUAAUUAAACUUAAGAUUCAAAUCCUAAAAUUGAUAAUUAAGUAGCCAACAAAGAUACUGAUCAAAUUUCUAUAGAGAAGAUGAAUGUAAUCUAAACUUUGGUUUGGAUUAAUAAAGUUGCCUUUCCCAUUCCAUUAUUGCUUGUGAUUCUUUACAUUUAAACAUUUAUGAUGUUCCCAGGAGUAGCCUUCUAGAAGACUUUCGAUCCCGAUUUCAUUAAUUGGGGUCAAUGCAUCAUUAGUUUAGGAUACAAUAUUGGAGAUACCUUAGGAAAAUUCUUAGCAGGAAAUAGAAAGCUAUUUAAUCUACAAAUUUUAAUUGGAAUAUUUUUAGGAAGAUUUGUUUUUUAUUACACCUACAUCGCAAUAGCCAAAGGAACCCUAGAUGCCAAUUGGAUUUCAUAUUUAAACACAUUCUUAUUUGGAACCCUCAAUGGAUUUGUCACAACAGGCUACAUGAUAUUGGGACCAGAGAAAACAAACGAAGGGUUUGUGAAAGAAAAAAUUGGCUUUGUGUCAGGAUUUUCCCUUUGCUUUGGCAUUAUGUUAGGGACCUUCAUGGCUUUGCCGUUUGCCAAUAUAUCUAAAUGAUUAAAUUUUAUAAAAGUAUAUAGGCGCAUAAAUAUAAAUAUAAUUUUUUA